AUGGCACAAAAUUGCCAUCACCAGACCAGCACCCAAAAGAAGCUGACAGACGAAAGAGUUCUGACCAGGAUACUUGAGUGUUUCAUCUCCGAUUCCUACCGAAAAUAUGAUUGGCGUCACGAGAACGGAAUGGCUGAAGUUGCUGCAUUGCUGCCCAAUCUAUUGAACGUCAUCCUCGGUCAUCCUCUUCUCUUGUUCUGGCAGGCUGAGGCCCCUUUCUCUCAUCUUCUUCCUGGGCGUAAAUAUCCACCGAUUCCCACUGUGGUCGCUGAGUUUGUGCGACUGGUGGUCACCAGUCUGAAAGGGAACACACUUGCGGCGCAUCCGUCUGCCACGUCAAGCGAUGUGGAGCUGAGAGCCGUGGGGAGGGGUGGCCUGCUGCGGCGGAAUCACUCCCACUAG